AUGACCGCCGCUCUCUCUGCGCCGCGCAUCACUGCCAGUGGGCCGGCGCUGCUGUCUGCGCAGACUGCCGGUCCGCGCGCCGACAACGUCGCCAAGCUGGCGGCCAUCGCGCGCGACCUGCGCAGCGACACGCUCACCGUGCCGACGGACGCCAUGUUCGCCGCCAUGGCCGAGGCAAGUCGCGGCGACGAUGUGUACCUGGAGGACGAGACGACGACGUCGUUCGAGGCCGAGCUGGCCGCGCUGGCAGGCAAGGAGGCCGCGCUCUUUGUCGUCUCUGGCACGCUCUCGAACCAGCUGGCCAUCCGCACGCAUCUGCUGCAGCCGCCAUACAGCAUCCUCUGCGAUGCGCGUUCCCACAUCCACCGCUACGAGGCCGGCGGUGCGGCCUUCCACUCCGGCGCGGCACUCGAGACGGUGGCGCCCCAGAACGGCCAUCAUCUGACGUGGGCACACGAUGUGCAGCCGAAUCUGGUGCUUGGCGAUGAUGUGCACUCGGCACCGACACGCCUCGUCUCGCUGGAGAACAGUCUCAACGGCACGAUCCUGCCGCAAGACGAGGUGCUGCGCAUCAGAGAGGGCCUGGAUGCUCUCGACGAAGACAUCAAGCUGCACCUCGACGGCGCGCGUCUCUGGAACGUGGCUGCCGAGACUGGUCUCUCCAUCAAGGAGCUCUGUGCGCCUUUCGACACCGUGUCCAUGUGUCUGUCCAAGGGUCUCGGUGCACCAGUCGGCACCGUCCUCGUCGGCCCGUCUGCUUUCAUCCGCAAGGCCCGUCACUUCCGCAAGCUCUUCGGCGCCGGCAUCCGGCAGUCUGGCGGCCUGGCAGCCGCCGCUCGCGUGGCUGUCGUGCAACACUUCCCCAAGCUACGUGCCACGCAUGAGCUGGCACGCUUUGCGGCAAAGGGCAUGCAGGAGCUCGGCGUCGAGAUUACGAGUGGUGCCGAGACGAGCAUGUUCUUCUACGACCCAACGCCCCUCGGCUUCGACGCCGCCACGCUGGCAGUGCGUGCGGCCAAGCUGGAGCCGGCGCUGCACCUCGCCUCGGGCCCGCGCAUCGUCGUGCACCACCAGACGAGCGCAGAGGCCAUCGACGACCUGCUUGCGCUCGUGGCGCAGCUCAAGGACGAGUUCGCAGACCGCGCCGGCACGCACGCAAAGGCGGUCAAUGGCUCGCUGUACAGCGGCAUGAAGAAGGCUUAGAGCAAUAGAUCACGUCACCCCGGUCCCGUCUCCUGCUCGAUGAGCGCUGUAGCACGUGUUCAUUCCACUGCGCCUUCAUCUGACCCCACUUCGUCAUCAAAGUGCGGCCCUACG